CUUUCUUCUCCGGCACUUUCUCUCCAUUUGAGAGCUCGAGCCUCGAAGAAUCCGAGAAGAAAUUCGAUCGAAACGAUGACCGACGGUGAAGGAAGCAUUGAUAAAUUGGCAUUGAUUCUCCGCCACCCGCUCCACCAGAUCGCUGAGAGCGCUACUCACAAGCUCCUCCUAAAGCAGUGGAUCAAGGAGGAGGACCUCGUAGCCCGGCGCGUCGCUCUCCGGGAGUCACGCGUCGACUCCGUCCGCCGAGAGAUCUCCGGUCUCUACUGCGCCUUCUUCGUUUUCCACUCCCUAAUCCUGCUCCUCCUCUACUCAUCCGCCGUGGCGUCUCCCUCCUCGGCGUGCCGCCGCUCCUGGAUCCCCUGCCUCUGCUCCCUCCUCUGCUCCAUGGCGCUCGUCUGGGCCGUCCGCUACAAGACUGACACGGAGUGCAUGCUGGAGCGGCUGCUGGAGAGGGAGCGGGAGGACGGCGUGCUGCUGGCCAAAUGCGUGGAGGAGCUGAAGCGGAAGGGGGCGGAAUUCGACCUGCUCAAGGAGGUGGACGCGCUGAGGCGGGCCAAGAGCCUGCGCAUCGAGGCCAAGGAGGGCGGCGCCAAGGUGCGCAAGUGGUCGACUCGCGAUCUUGCCACCAUGGUUCUCCUCGCGCUCUCCUGCUGCGUGUUAGGCCUCACCAGGUUCGUGCUCUGUCAUUAGGCAUGCAGCGAUCUCUAUCAAAAAAACUUCUUUGGCCCCAUUUUCAUAUAUAAAAAACAAGUGAUUUCGGGAUUUUUUUUUUUUUUGAUGGAAUUGAUUGCAGAAUGAUGCUCGUUCUGCUGUUAUCGUACUCUUGUUCUGUACUGCGAUUUCAACCUCAAAUGGUGAGGUUUUUGUUAAUAAGAUUAUUGAUUCAAGUAUUA